GCUGAAGCGCUGGUAUACAAAUAAAACAACAAAGCGACGCUCAAAAAAUUUAUGGAAAUGAAAGCACAAUUAGAUUCCGGCUUCAAGAUUGCUCAGUCACAAAUCGAUUAAAAUAAAUGCCAAAAAUAUAACAAAUUGUUAGCCAUGUGCUCAAAGUGAGCCUUUGUGUGCGUUGGCUCUGAAGUGAAAACCGAACGCAACAAUUGCAUUGACAGUGUGUCCGAGGGGUGAUGAAUUAAAGUAUCGCUUAGUGAACGGGUUUUUCGGUCGGUUACUUGGUUAGCCUGUCGAUUGUUGUUGGCCUGCUACAUAUACAUACAUUCGGUCAGUGCAAGCAUUUCACCAACGCAAAAAAAUAACUUUAAGCCGAUUGCAAUAACAAUUUUCGAACAAGAUAACCAAAUAAAACGAAAGUUUCGGUUUGCAGGCGAGCAUCGAAAAUCGUUAAAGACUUCUUCAACGGAAUUUCGCAUAUAGUUCAAAUCGCGCUGCAACUCUAACCUGCACAACAAAUGAAUUAACAAUAACGUGGCUGCUAAAUCAACUAAUGGGCAUUAUAUAAGAAAGAUAAAGACGCGAGCGCAGAACGUGCAACAAAAUCCCAUGCUACAGCUGUUGUGGCAUGCAAGCGUUAGAGAAAAACAGAGACCGAACAAAUAACACAAUCAACCGAGCCAAGUGUAAACUCUAAUGAGAAUGUUAACCACAGCAAAUGAAGUUGCCAGGCGUCAGAGCAAAUUAAAAACAAACACGCACAGAAAGCGAAGAUGCAACCCGCUGUUGUUGUUGCUCCUGUUGCAUGCAAUUUUAAGCGACGCCACUCAGCAGAGUAGAACAACAACUUUUAGUCAGCCCCUGACAACAAUGUUGGGCGCGGCGCACAACGAUGACAACACUUUCGUCCCCAUUCUGCCGAAAGACAUCAGUCCGGAGUUCAUCUCCCGUAAUGUAUUCACCAAAGCAGGACAAUACCGUGUCUUUGAGCCUCUGGAGAGCGAAAGCGAUUUACGGCUCACUAUGGCAGUGAGGCGCAAAGACUACAUGCAAAGGGUGGAGCAGCCAAUGCAGCCAGUGCAGGCAGUGCAGCUACAAAAUGUUAAAAAGCCAAACGCAUCCACAAGAACAAUUGCCCGACAGCCUGGGCAGAGGACAACAACUAUGUCCUUAAGCACACAGCCGCCGAGUAAAUUGAAUUCCAGCUCUUCUGCAUUACACGACGAAGUUGAGAGCUUGGAGAACUUGCUAAUGGAGUAUGUUGAGCAGUUUUUCACACAUGGCAAAUAUGAACCGAUGCCAGGACUUGUACUGGCCCUGCAGCAGAAUCACUCAAAGCCAUUAAGACUUCAGCGAAGUGUUGUGGAGGAUGCGAAUGUGGAGCUCAACAUUCCUCGGGCGUUGCAAAGUGCUCGACUUUUGUUCUUUGCUGGACUCAAGAAAGUAAUGUGGCCCAUCUAUAUGGGUCUGCAGGUGCUGAAGAGUUUGCUUUUUGCCUUGUUUUUGCCCACCAUAAUUGGCAGCGUGAGUCGUCUAAUUGGCAAGGGCAUCACGACGGGCUCGGCCAGUUCGGUGCCGUUGUUUGUGCGUCCCAUGGAUCCGCCCCAGGAGUUGGACUUUAGGGACAAUAGCGUCCACUUUGAGGACGACAACAAGUUUGGCAUGGCCGAUGAUGCUAAAAAUAAUGCGGGCUAUGAAUACAAUGCAGAAGCGUCACAGCAGCAGGCUCAAUAUGCUGCCUUCAAUCCCAACUCGCUGAACUCGGCCACACUCUCCCGCUACGGAGGCCAACAAAUGCAGGAUACUUAUCUGAGCGCGCUGCAGAGCAUUGGCGCCGCCUCCUUUAAAAACUCUGGGAGUCUGUCCGCUGGAUCCUCUAAUGGAAUGGCGGCACCUGGCAUGGCCAAGAAACCAGCAUCGCCGGCGAAUAUGAAUACGUUCCAGAGUUUCCAGAAGGUGCCGAACUCGUCGCUGCUGCUCUCCAACUAUGAUCCUUUCUAUAGUCCGCUGCUCUCGCGGCUCGACUCGGUGUUUGCCCAGCUGAAACUGAAUUCGGAGAAUGAGAAUUGCAGGGAGAAACUCAUCUGUCUGAUGUACUCGAAUCCCGCAAAGUAUGCUCCUUACAGCAAUCUCGUAUCUGCACAGCUUAGUCGCGAACUUAAUGAGCUGCGGAAGCCGACCUCGGAUAACCCCGACAUUUUGCGCUUCUUCAAGUAUAUGCGUGCGGCCAAGGAUGGCCAGGAUGGCAUUGACUGCGAGGAGUUGUUUGUCAAAUGUAAGGAAUUCAAGGAUUUCGAAAAUCCCGCUAUGCUCUCCACCUACAACGACAUCAACAAAUUGGUACAAGCACGUAAAUUGGCGUAGAAACGAUGACGGAGGACGAUGCGAAAGUUCGCACAAGUCAGAAUAGGAUAGCAGAUGACACAUCAGAUGUUUGAUGUCUGCUUCUGUAAUUAUGCAUAUUUUACUUUAGCCUAGCCAUACGAAACGACUAAAUAUACAUAAAUAUAUAAAUUUAGAUGUGCGUCGGGAGCAGAGACAGGUUGUGUUUUUUUGGGGCUUUAAUUAGUGUGCUGUAAAUAGAGAGCUUUGUGUUUAAUAGUUUAGUUAGCAAGCAACAUCAUUUGCUUAUAUUUUAGCCAU